UGUAAUGUAAGCAAACACCAAAGUCCCUGUGGAUAUCCAUAAGACUCUUGAAGAUAAUUUUAAAGCCAUCAAAGAGCAGGGAAUCAAUGAAAUUUGUAAUUUCAUGUUAUCCAGUUUACGUGAAUAGGUAACUUUAAUUUUAAAUAAAUAUCCCAAGGACUUGCCAUAAUACAUAAGAUUACAGUAUUUGUAUAAUGUCCAUUAGAUCAAUUAGAAAAUGAGUUUGACUGAAUUGUGCAACAAUCAAUUGGAAUUGAACAUAGUAAACAAUAUCAAAUAUGUAUUCUCAAUGCAGUAUGAUAGAGUAUGGGUAAGAUUUAGAUUAAUUACUGAAUUAAAUGGAUACAUCCCUCAUUCCCUCAUGUGAAUAUUUGAGACCCAUCCCCUAAAUAUUAACACCAUAAUGGGAAGAGAUUUCACCUCAAUUUAUACAUCAACCAAUUUGGGAUUAUAAUAUUAAUCCAUUCCUUUUUCGAUUUCUUUUAGCAUAAGCACAAUCCUCCAAGUUACCCCCAUAAGAUUAAUAGAUGAUCUUGACUCUAUUCAAGUCUGAAUAUAAAAUUGAUAUCACACAAUUCAACAAUCUUGUGGAACACAAUCCUCAAUUGGUUAGUGAUAUCAUUACUAAACUACACUAAUCUGGUGUUAAUGUUCAUGAGUAAUUCUUAAAUUAUUAUCAUUUUCUAGAUAUUUAGAUUUCCUCAUUCAAAUUAAGGUCACCAUCUAAACUUUAGAAUUAGUGAAUCAACUCACUAAGAACAUCACUCUUCCUGAUUAAUUUCUUAAUAUGUUCAUUACCAGAUGCAUUGUAACUUGUGAAGAAGUCAAAUAAGUAAUAUUUUAAUUUCAUAAUCAACUUAGAAUCAAUAAUAAUUAGCCAGAUAAGUCAGACUAGUAUCAGUCUUCAUUAAGACUCUGAUCAAAUAAAAGACUUUCAAUCCUAAAAAGAUUUAUGUUGAACUCUAAGGAUUUUGUUUAGAGUUUUCUUCUAUUUAAGAAGCAACUCAAUUAUUUAAAGCUAUCAAAAAUGCUGUUCAGGAACAAUGA